AUGAGUGCUUUUCGACCGAAAUAUGUACAAACAAGUGUGUCAUUGGAAGAACCACAAACAUUCAUAACGAUGGAUUCGGAUGACGUAAUUGCAAAAUUAGCAUCUGAUUUGGAUCUAAUUAUGGAGAAACUUUCGGAAAAACCGCUGGUAGAUGGAAAGCCGAUCGAUCAAACACCAGUAGCUUUACUUGUUGUUGCAUUGAUUACAUCGAAUAUGCGAGCACUGAAAUCACAGACAACGAAAUUUGAAGCAAUGAAAUUGUUGCAUAAAUUUGUACCAAUAAUGGGUGCUUCUGUUGUUGCUGAUCGUAUCCUACCAUAUAUGGUUGACAUGCUCUCUGACAGUAUGGUUCAGGUGAGAUGUGAAGCGAUAUAUUCGAUUACCACACUGCUCUCGUCGUUUCGAGAGAUUCCACACAACGAAACACGUCUUUUCAUCGAUUAUCUUUUCCCAAUUUUAAAAAAUAUGUCAUCAGAUAAGCAUUUUUUGGUACGAAUGACUCUGGCACAAAAUUUGGGUGAUUUAGCGGAAACAUCAUUCAGGUUUAUGCAUGAAGGAUCACAAAAUCUAACGGAAGAUUUACUGGGUGGCUCGGUUGCCGAAAUGGAUGACAAAGAACGAGAGGCGAAACUUGCUAAACAAGAGAUGAAAGCACUUCACGAAGCAGUUAUUGAAAUUUUUGUCAACUUAUGUGGCUCAGACAACACUGUUAAGGUAUUUUUUUUGCACCCCCAUAACAGGAUAUGA